AUAUCGGCGAUCGUCUACAUAAGGAUUGGGUUCACAAUCGCAUCGCUCGGAAACGUGUGUUCAGUGGUCAGUGAAGAGCAAAGGACUGAGUUAUCGUACAAAAAGCGUCGCCGUAUUCUCCUACUGGUGCUCAUCGUCUUGAUAUUUGACUAA